GGUUUCUUUCAAUACAAAUGGAUCCUUAUCAGGGGCGGACUGACCAUUUGGAAACUCGGGCACUGACUGAGGUCAGUAGGGGGCCCCAUGAGAUGCCCCUGGUACCUUUUUUGAGUUUGGGCAAGAGCACAGGGGCCCCAUGACCCCCUAGUUUUAGGGCCCAAGGUCAGUAGGGGGCCCCAUGAGAUGCCGCUGGUACCUUUUUUGAGUUUGGGCAAGGACACAGGGGCCCUAU